ACCACAAUUAAUGACCGGAACAAAGAUGCCAGCACCACGAUGACUAGAUUCUGCACGUCCACCACAACUUCAGGUCUGGGGAAGAUGUCAGAUCUGCUUCACCGACACAAACACCCGAUCUUCUGUUCAAGCCUCACCAGAGGCAGUGGCGACAGAAGUACUUCCCCCUCAGCCGCCAGAGGGGAAUAGUCUCUGUGACAGAGUGAGAGCUGAGCCGCAGUGACCCUCAGCAGCAGCACAAAAAGUGGCAGAAAAGUUUUGUGGAAAGUUUUCAACUUCGAUUGUUCUGCCAUCGGGACAACGACUCAUCGCUGAGAGGCUUUAGGAAUAAACCAUUGGGGACACAGGCAGAGCUCUGCGGGGAGGUGACGGACGUUGACUGGGCGUGCAGACACAUACAGGUAGACUGACCCAGCCCGAGACGUCUUCCUGGGAUAAACGCUGAGCUCUGAGCCCGUGCCAUGUCAGGGAUGCUCUGGGUGGUGCUGGGGCUGUGUCUGGGGGUCAGCCUGGGAGUGAGCGGGCAGACAACACGGAGAGGCCGUAGGGUUUGCUGGAAGGAGCAGCUCCAAGUGCCAUUGGCUUACAAUGAAUCCUUCAUCCAUCCCAUGUACACACCCUACAUCACCCUGUGUGAGGGGCAACGCAUAUGCAGCACCUACAGGACCAUCUACAAGGUUUCCUUCCGCCAGGUGCAGAAGGAAGUUUUGCAGACAGUUUACCAUUGCUGUCCCGGCUGGAGAAAGCGACUCCCCCACUCCACCACCUGUGACCUCGCCGUCUGCUCGAAGCUGUGUCAAAAUGGCGGCACCUGCUCAAAGCCCAACACGUGUGUUUGUCGCCCGGGCUGGGGCGGGAAAUACUGCACGAUAGAUGUUGAUGAGUGCCGGGCUCCCAUCCGGUUGUGCGCCCAGCGCUGUGCGAACACACUCGGCAGCUACAAGUGUGAUUGUCUCCCGGGCUACACACUGGGGGCUGACGGACGAGACUGUGUGCGGUCAGAGACCUCCCGCCCGCCGGCCCCGGCCACUCCUGCAGCUCCGCCAGGUGGAAAGGAGUUGGAUGGAGGAGGCAGUAAUGAGGUACAGGAGCUACGCACCCGGCUUGACAUACUGGAGCAGAAGAUGGACUGGACUCUCAACACAUUCCAGAAGCUGAUCUUGACGGCCUCUGAUGAGACGGACUUGGAUGAUCCCAUGAGCUUGGAGAACACCCGGAAUUUAAUCUCCCAGUUCCAGCAGCUGGAUCGCAUCGACUCUCUCAGCGAACAGAUCGCGUUCCUCGAAGAGAGGCUGUCUGACUCCUGUACCUGUCGGGAUGGAAACUAGCGACGGGAUGUCGUCCCUCAGUGACAGACCGAGCAAUGAGACAGUAUCAACCCCCGGGAACAACAGACCUCACCCUCAGGGGACCAGGGAUGUUCCCGGAAACCCUGACUAUUGGUGCUAUGUAAUGGGUGUGGGAGGGAGCUGCUGAUAUCAGACAGAUAUUCUGUGUCUUUCUGUAUGAGAUUCCAGUGUGAACCCCCCCCCUCACCACACAUCACCCUUGUUAGUGUAAAGUUGUAUAUUUUUUGUAAUUUAUAUUUGGGGACAGAUCAAUAAAAAAAGGUGUCCUUUCUUUUC